AUCAAACAUCAACAUUCACAAUCCAAACACACAAAUCUUCUUGUACAAUUACUAAAGAUAAGUCUUUGAGAAGAAAAAGAAAAGAAAAAAUGAUGAACACAAAGAGUGUAGCCAUGUUAAUGAUGGUGAUGGUGGUACUAAUGGGAAUGGAGAACAUUUUGGUUCAAGCAAAAAGUAGUCAUCAUCAGUCUCCUUCACCUUCUCCAUCUCCUUCACAAGAUGAUUUCGAUUCGGAGUCUCCUUCUCCUUCACAAGAUUUUGAUGAUUAUUUAGAAUCUCCUUCUCUUUCACCUGACUCUGAUUCUCCUGCACCCUCACUAGAUUUUGAUGUUUAUUCAAAGUCUCCUUCUCCUUCCCCUGACUCUGAUUCUCCUGCACCUUCACCUUCAAAGCCAACCCCAAAAGAAGUAAAAUGCAUUCUUGGUUGUACUAUUCAUCAGUGCUUUCACCUUGGCCAAAACUCAAACGAUAGGAGCGCGUUUGAAUCAUGCUUUCAAGAAUGUGCGAAGACAUGCAAAACGAAGAACACGAGCGAUGAUAUAUAUAUGUCUAACAUUACUAAUUAAAGAGUACUGUGUUUUUCUUUUGUUACCUAAUUUCUCAUCUCAUAGUACUUUUUUGUGAGACGUAAUAAAAUAUA